AUGCCGGGAGCAGCCACGCAUCCUGUUGGAGUGCCCUCACCGACUUCUCCAGAGAGUCCACAUGAAGUGAAUUCGGAAAGAGGAUCUGAGCCAUUUAAUUUUUACCAAAUUGCUUCCUCUCUCGGCUACCAUGUUGAAGCUAAGGAAUCCCUGUCCCAUCCUCAUGAGGACUCACCUAUUGUCAAUUCCCCCUUGAAUCCGUCUCAAAAUGAAUCUAGUAAGGACGCCGAUGCUGGUUUUUCACUCCCGGGCAGAUCUAAAGACCCACAGGAACACCAGAUUGUGUCAGAUGGUCCCGAUGCUGCGCUCAUCGCUAAGAUAUUGCGCGCCAACAAUAGAUUACUAUCCCUGCAGAACAAGGUUGCCUUGAAAAGAUCCGAGGUACAAGAGCUACGCACGGCCCUAAGGUUCAAAAGGGAAGAAGAAGCCGAUAUCAGAGCGGAGUUUAUUAGACAUGUUACCGUGGCACAAGGCACCUUGAGAAACGUCCAGCCCUUGCUUCAGAACAAUGAGGCUCUUCUUUCCGCCACUGGGAUAUACUCGGAUAUGGAAGCAGAAUACAACAGGGCAGAAAGUGAACUGGAACGGGAUGAGUACAUGCUUAUCAAGGCAAUGGAAGAAUUUGCCCGUUUAUCGCAGGAUCACCACUCCCUUCCAUCGCCCGAUGAGCCGCCCUUCAUUGAUCAUGAUAGUUUGGGUGAUGCGAUAUCGACUAUCAGCUCAGCUCCGGAAGAUCCUCCCGAUGUAGUGGAUUAUGUGUCCCGCGUAGCCGACGUACGCAUGACCCAGGAGCACCUGAUUGACCUAGACAGGGAGUGGCUCUUCAUACAGGAGAAGAAAGAGGAACGAGAGUCUAUGAAUAUACCCAUGGACGAUGAAUCUAUCGAGUUUCUUCGCACCUAUGAAGAAGAAAGGAGAGAGAUUUGCGAUGAAUUGUUCCAUUUGCAACUGGAUAUGAAUCAGCUACGGACAGUUUGUUUCGAAAAAGGGCAUCUGACACAUGAGUACAUCCAGGGCCGUGACUUUGUGUAUGAACUUUAUCCAGCUGCUCCUACCAACCAACUGGAGGAUCCGCUGAAGGUGUCUACGGAAGAGGAUACGUCCCCUUUUGAGCCUAUGGAAGAGAAGGUCAGCCAGACUAAGUUCGUCAACAAAUGGAUCCUCCACCGGCUUCGGCAGUCAACUGUCGAGAUUGGCCACCUCAAGUCCCUACCCGAGAUCAAAAGUCUAUGUGAUCAGGGUUAUGACGAUCGAAAGGUCAGUCAGCUGUCCCUGAAACAGUGGUUUGAGGACGAGACCACCAUAUCACCCCCGCCGCCACCAGCAACCAGUGAUAUGAGCGUUCAGGAGCCUGGAAGCGUUGUCAGGGAUACAAUUUCUGGGAGCCAUUCGGUUUGA